AUGGCAACUGGAGAAUCUUUCAGAUCGUUGGCCUUUGCUUUCCGAAUUUCUCAGAGUUAUUUAACACGGAUUAUAAGAAUGGUAUUGCAAAGUUUAAGUAUUCAAACACCUAUUUUACUAAAAAUGCCAACAAAAGAUGAUUUAAUACAAAUAUCUGAAGAAUUUUGGAGGAGGUGGAAUUUUCCGAAUUGUGUCGGCGCCAUAGACGGCAAACAUAUUCGAAUCUUCGCACCUGGAAAGACGAUUGUCGACGCGAAUUGUAAAUUUAUUUUCGUUGACAUUGGAUCUUACUGCAAAGAAGGGGACAGCGGAAUUUUCCAUAAAUCAAAAAUUUCAGACCUUAUAAAUAAGGGCGGAUACUUUCCUCCACCAUCGAAAAUCCCAAAUUCCGAUAUAAGUUUACCAUAUGUGCAUGUCGGUGACGAAGCUUUCCGUUUGGAAUCAAAUAUGAUGCGUCCGUACACAAGAGUUGAGUCUCGGAAAGAUUAUGAGAAAACUGUUUUUAAUUAUCGUCUUUCACGUGCCAGGAGGACAAUGGAAAAUAGUUUCGGACUUCUCAGUCAAAUUUUUCGCGUUUUUUAUACCCCGAUAUCAUUAAAAACAGAAACAGUAGAUUACCUUGUUUUAACAGCAUGCUGUCUACACAAUCUACUUCGUGAUCGUUAUUUGGAAAAUUCCGGAAAACAUUACUAUGACUAUGACUCAAAUGAACCACAAAAUACAAAUAACAUGAUACCAUUGGCAAGAGUUGGAGGAUACGGGAACUUUGAAGGUUUUUUUGUAAGGGAUGAACUCAAAAAAUUCUUCAAUAGUCCAGAAGGGGCUGUACAAUGGCAAAAUUAUCAAGUGAAAAGAACGGAUAUUACGUAA